AUGGGUAUAUACAGCAUGGAUGAGCAGAUAAUGCGGCGAGCACGAUAUCGAGUGGGCUACAUGCACUUGUACGUGGCGCAACGGUACAGUGUAGCAGCCUGUUGGCUCUUCACGGCCAUGUCCCACCGAAUAAUGACCACGGCGCAGAAACCACCAGGGAUUGAAACAUCACUCGCGGACACUAUGGCCCGGGCUGAUGGUUCGAGGGCGGGUUUCAACUACGGCACGGUCCUCGCCAGCUUCAUGCUCUUGCCUGCUCUGGAAUCCUGCUCACUGCCAUCACAUUUUGCCUCACACGCAACGACUGGUCAUGUCUCACUUGCUUUUAGCACUGCUACAGCCCGCCUGUCUUAUGUACGGGCAGCAGUAGCUCUGACUACUGAGGUCUGCAGUGCUGGAUCAGGCGGCAGAAGAAGGGGGCUAAUUCAUGCCCAUCUACCAAUUAUCGGCCCAAGGACCAGAUCCAUAUACGCAUGGAGGAGCGGCAAGGCAUCAAGCUUUGCGGGACCGGCAUGGGCGGCGAGCGACAUGAACACGUCGAGGAUGGACUGGGAGCCGCAAGGCGCCUUACUCAACGGCAUGUGCUUAACGGGAGCGGGUUGCAGAGCCUCUGAUCCCCGAGACAGGAUGAAGCUGUCAGUCACAGCAUCGCUAAGCUCUCAUGCAGCGACCCGCAAUACGUGCUGGCAGCAGCCAGCCAGCCAGCUCUAUGGCCACGAGGCGGUGCGGAGGGACCUGUGA